GCUCUCGCAACUCUCUCCCUCUCCCCUGGUAUUUGCAUGUAUUUGUGGUGGUUUCCUCGGUCCAUCUUUCUUGCACUGCUGACUCUGGGCAGCUCCUUCAGCAGCAGCACCAGCUCGCACCAGUAGUUGGUGCUGAGCCGUCGAGCAAAGAGGUCGUUCGUCGGUGGACCCUGUCGUCGUCGUCGUCGUGGGUUUACUCUAGAGAUUGUGGUGGUGGUGUUCGUAGGGGGUGUAUCAUCGUUUUCGCUUCCUUCUGCGCUCCGUGUGACGAUGGAGCAAGAGUGAGACAGCUGAAAAACAAUAGCGAAAUCAGUACACGACCUGGUAGUCGUAGUGAGCUGUGGGGGUAAAAAAUUUGACGUAAGGAAAAUCGCGACGAAAAAAUCCGUAAAUUUUUUGGGUUCCAUCUUGGUUUGGAGUUACUGGACCCCUUGGAGGCAGCAGCGAGAGUUGGCCACUUCUUUCUGCCUCUCACUCUCUCAGAGAUUUCUCGCGCUCUUGUGCGCGCGCACGCACACACUCACGCAGUGUUGUUUUUGAUCUCCGUGCAGUAGUGUUUGUAGCGGCACCCUUUUUUCCCAGCUUCCUUUCCACAACACGCUACACAAGAAACCAGCGAGAAAGAGUCCAAAGAGGACCAGCGGAGAAAACGAAAGCAGAGGAAGAGAAGAAGAAAAAAGUCACUUGUCAAAGAAGAGAAAGUUGCACAAGCUACACUGGAUCAUAGCAGGCUCUGUGCAGUUUGUUAUUGAGUGAGUGUGUUCCAAGGAAAAUCCAGUUUUUCUACAAAUCACAGCCUGCUGUGUGUAACACACCUACCAGACAACACUGCUGAAGGAAGAAUAAGCAGAAGAAGAAGUAGCUGCUUUCAGUUGGAUUCAUUGAAGCGACUUGGAGUAUACUGCGGAGAGUGGGAGGUUGGGCAGCAGCAAAUAGAAUUCUUUCGUACGCUGCCACAUUUUGCAUUCCAUCUGUGUCGCGAACCUCCUCGUCCCCGUCUCGGACACGUCCCCUAGCGCUGCCAAGAACUCCUCCAGCUGUGAAGAAUUCAAGUGAAUUUGCUCCGUGUGUGCCAGAAUGUUGUGCUGAGCUUGUUUUCAAACAAAACCUGUGUCGCGCUCUCUCUGUGUUUAGUGCGCACACCCUCGGGUUGCUGGUGAGUGCGUGCACACUAACACAACCGCACAAACGGGGAGGCUUGCGCGUGUCCUGUUUUGUAUUGUUCUCGAAGAAAGUGUGCGUUGUGACCGUCGUCGUCAGUGAAAACAGAGAGAGAAGAAAGCAAACCUGCGAAUAUCUAAACAAAUCCUUUCCUUUUGGGAAUGACGAGUUGUCGGUGCUAGGCUGUCAGUGUCAGUUUUGACAGCUGUCAACAAAGUGUGAGUGAGGGGUGUGACAGUGCUUGUUUUCUGAAAAGGGGGUGUAAUUCAGGUGUCGCACACAAAGGGAUUACAUCAAUCAAUAUCGUGCUGCUGCUGGUGCAAUUUGCAUUGCACACACACAUACACGGGCACACACCAAUACUGACGCGCAGCAGCAGCAGUUCGUCAACAUCACGGGAGAAAUUGUAGAACGAGAGUGAGACGGAGAGGGAGAGCUCGGUGCAGAAGGAGAGAACGUGACAGCGAACCAGUUUUGGGAAUCUUUUCCUGCAGGCUGGGGAAAGAUGUCGUCCAAAAACAUACCUGCUGAUAAGAUCCGCACCGUGUACAUCUACGGGCAGCCGAUCAUCUCGCUGUACGUGGAACAGCAGGAACGGCUCUGUCUGGCGCAGAUCUCCAGCACUCUGCUGAAGGACUUUAGCUACAAUGAGAUCCACAACCGCCGGGUUGCUCUCGGGAUCACCUGCAUCCAGUGUACUCCGGUACAGCUGGAGAUCCUGCGCCGGGCCGGUGCCAUGCCCGCUUCAUCGCGUCGUUGCGGGAUGAUAACUCGACGCGAGGCAGAACGCCUCUGCAAGUCCUUCUUCGGCGAGUGUUCCCAGCCGGCCUUGCCGGAGGGAUUCCUGUUCAACGUGUUUCACGAGUGCGCCUGGGGAUGCACCGGAGCGUUUUCACCGGCUCGAUACAACAGUUCCCGGGCCAAGUGCAUCAAGUGUUGCUAUUGCAACCUGUUCUUCUCGCCGAACAAGUUCAUCUUUCACUCGCAUCGACUAACCCCGCACGACAAGUACGUCCAACCGGAUGCUGCAAACUUUAAUUCAUGGCGCCGACAUCUGAAGCUCCAGGGAUCACCACCGGACAAGAUCGUGUACGCCUGGGAGGAUGUCAAAGCCAUGUUUAACGGAGGAACCCGCAAGCGGUACAUUCUGUCAACGGCUCGCAAGUUCAACGCUGCAGCUGCAGCCAGUGGAGGUUCCGUAUCUACCGUUGACAAGUCGUCCAACUCGGUUAUCGACGUGGGCCGUGAACCGGUUACUUCGUCUACCGUCUGCGACCUGUCGAGCACUUCAUCCGUGGUCACCAAGAAGGAAGCGACCGAACCGAUGGACGCCAGCUACAACAGCGACAGCUGCAGCAGCAGCACCAGCCCCUUUGCCCACAUUCCGCACCUGCUCUCGCAGCCAACGCCCGUCACCGGAACCUCCAUCGGACUACCACCGACCGCAGCGCCACCAUCCCCGGCCGCGGUCGUCGCCGCAAACUCUGCCGCCGCUGCGGCCAACUUUGGCUUCAAGCUGUCCUGUCUGCAGCCGUUCUCGUUCAACGGAAUCGGACACUUCCCGGGCAUGGUGUCCAGCUCUGGCUACCUGGUUCCGCUGCUGCGUCCGACCAACCCGAAGAGCAUCUCCGCGGCAGCCAUGUCCGCGUUUAAGCCGGUGGUGAAGGUCAAGAAGAGGUACGCCGUGGGACACUUGCUGGUAGCGUCACGCGGAUCACGAACGUCACGUCAACUCGUUGCAUACUUGGUCUUGGUCACUUGAAGGUUCACGAUUACUUGGAAAAUACACAAUAUCUGAACACUGCUUCGCUCGUUGCAGCGCAUCUGGUGGUCAAAUUGCCAAAUUAAAAGUUGCUUAUUCUGACCACCAGGAGCGCUGACACCAGUUGGAAGAUGUUUUCGGACUUCGUCUUGACUA